AUGCUCGGCUCGUCCCCCGACGACCCGCUGCGCGCCCUCCACUCGCGCCCCGUCGUCUCGCCCGAAGCGUGCCAUGCCGCCUACGAGCACGACCCAGUCGCAUUCACCCUGUCGGCCUGUAUCUGCAUCGGCCUCGUCCUGAGCUACCUCCCGGCGUAUUAUCGAAUCGUCCGCCACCACAACUCGGAGGGCUACUCGCCCUGGUUCCUCCUCCUCGGAGCCACCUCGAGCGCCUCGUCCCUCGCCAACAUCGUCACCCUCCAGUGGGGCCAGGUUGCGUGCUGCCAGUACUUCUCUGCAGGGCAGUGCUUCGAGUCGGUCCUCGGCAUCGGCCAGGUCUUCCUCCAAUGGGCAGCGUUCCUCACCCUCUUCGUCCUGUACCUCCUGUACUACCCCUUGUCGGGCAAGUACGUGCGCUCGGUGCCGAUCACGACCUCGGCCCUUCCCUCGUCGCACCGCCGCCCCAAGCCCUUCCUCCCGUACCGCCACGCCGUGUCGCUCUUCGCCCUCACCAUCCUCCACCUCGCCCUGACGGCGCUCACGACCUUUAUCCUCCUCCUCACGCUUCCCAAGGCCGAGACGCCGCACCCGGGCGCGCCGCCCAACCCGAGGGCCGUGCGCGUGUGGGCGACGACGCUCGGGCUCGUCGCGGUCGCGCUCGGGUGCGCCCAGUACGCGCCGCAGCUCGUCCUGACGGCGAGGCGCAGGCUCGUCGGGAGCCUGAGCAUCCCCAUGAUGGCGCUCCAGACGCCUGGCUCGUUCGUCUUUGUCUACACGCUCGCGGUCCGCCCGGGCGUCAACUUCUCCGGGUGGGCGACCUACUUCGUCACGGGCGUCCUGCAGGGCACGCUCCUCGUCCUGUGCCUCCUCUUCAAGCGGCGCCAGGCGAGACUCGGCGUCGACGACUGGGGCAAGAGCGUCGGGCCGGACGGCGAGAGGGUCGGCGGUGCGGCGGGCGAGAGGGACGCGCUGCUCAGGAGGGGGAGGAGGUAGAGGGGGUAGGGGCGCCUAGAGCAAGAGGGGUCUCGAGACGUUGUUGCAGUUGUACAGCUGUCUGUGCUUGUCUCGC